UUUUGGUUUCUUUUGAUUUAUGUACAUGUAUAUUUAUCUAUUGAGAUUCAUGAGAUCUCAGUGUAUUUGCAUUGUAUGUAUAAUAUAUACACAGCUUUAUAGAAUAUUGCCAAUUUUUCCCAUAUGAUGUAUUAUUGUAUGUUAACAUUGGCUUUAGAAAAGACAUGAUGCAAUUGCAAUAUGCCACAAGCAUGAAUCACAUGAUGAGAUAAAGCUUGAUGCAGCGAAUGGAAUACAAGUUCAACAUGAAGGAAUAUGGGGUUAUAUUUGCCUUUCCUCGUCAAAUCUUCAACACAUUGGCAAAGUGUUAUGUAGACAAUUGGGAGAAGAUAGCAAGGAUGGACAGAUUAUCCAAACAUCAAAAGAUCAUGGAUGGUCAAGAAAGACACCAGUUUGGUUUCAUCAGGUCCAAUGCUUUGGAAAUGAAAGCAACAUAAAGGAUUGUCAACAUAAAGAGCCAGUGAGAAAAAUGUAUCCAUCACUUUGUCCAGGCAAACUCCUCAGUUUAACAUGUCACAAAAUUCCAAUUAGAUUCAAUACUUUAAACAGCACACUGAAGGUUGGUGUUUUUGAGGUUAAAAUUGAAAACAAAUGGCAACCAGUAUCUAUGGCAGACAAACAUAUGGCAAAAUUGGUAUGCCAAAGGAAAGGAGGUGAUCCAAGAUAUACAAGAUUACGUUUUACUGAGGUAAAACAGGAAAUUUAUUUCACACAUUAUGGUGGAGCAUUUCCAAAGGCGUUUUCCUGUGAAGGAACAGAGACAGAACUUGAACAAUGCCAGGUAUUUUCAUCGUCUAAUUGGAGACAUGAUGUAUAUAAAGGACAAUACCUUCGUAAACUUGUAGAAAUUCAAUGUCCAGAAGGGCCAAAUCCUAUUCUUGAACAUUCCCAAUUUCGUCUAGAAGGUGGGCAUCAGGGACGACUACUUGCUCGAGCUCAAAAUGAAAGUCGUUGGCUUCCUGUGUGUACUUAUAGGUAUCGAGAAAACGUAUGGCACUACAAUGUCACGAGAGUCGUCUGUAGAAUGUUGGGAUAUGAUGAAUCAAGUUUCAUUCUAAAGAAGUUACAAUUUCAUCCAGGGGGUAUAAACGUAGAGACUGAUCUGCAAUGCAUGGGGGAUGAAGGUCAUCUUAAAGAUUGCACAUACGACUCAUGGGAUGAAAGAGCUAAAAUACCAUAUUGGCAUCAUCGAUGUGAUACCAUUAUUUUAACUUGUGAUAUGAGGCACUUGAAUAUAAGUCUAGAAAAUGAGGGACAAUACAAAGGUAUUCCAGAAAUGAGCCUCUAUGAUAUAUCACCUAAAACAAAAGAGUGUAGAUGCAGACUAUGGGUAUGCAAUGGGCAAUGGAGAAUCCAAGAAGCAAGGGUUAUAUGCAGACUGUUGGGUUUCCCACCUGAAUACACAACAACCUCUGUGUAUCACUUCAGAUCCAAUUACUCAUUUGAUAACUAUAUUACCCAUAAAUUGAGAUGUGAGGAGAGGUUUGAUGGAGGAAUGGACUGCAUCAUUGAUACAAGCAGUUCAUGUUAUCGAUGGCAUAAGUACGACUAUGACUAUCCAGCUGUCUUUUGUCACAGUAAUAUGCCAGAGAGUCUACCAACCAACUUUACCGCAAGACCAGAACUGGUAUCAAAAGGUUAUGGUCAGGUGGAGAUCCAUUUUAACAGUAAACGUGGUGCAGUCUGUGCACAUGGAUGGGGAAUCAAUGAAACAAAAGUUGCAUGCAGGGGAUACACUCCACAUGACUCAACAAGUGAUUAUGUCAUUGGAGAAGAUAAAUAUGGCAUAUUUGAUACAGAAAACAACGCAAAUGAUGAUAUAGUUAUGAGUCAUGUUAAAUGUAACGGUGAUGAGGAAAAUCUAUCAAAAUGUAGCUACAACCAUGGAGUUGAUGUCUACUGCGAUGGAUUUAAGAGAAUUAUUGUAUUCUGUGAUCUGAGGAUAGAAACUAUAAAAAUACGAAUUAACAAAAUAAAAUAUGAGGAGACAUUCUACAUGCCAGGAAAACUGAAACGUAGAUACAUCUGUGGAGAUAAUAUGGAUCGAUGGCGCAUAAGUAACCAACCAACUGCAAAAGUAAUCUGUCGACAAAACUCACAACCUUACAAAAGAGUUCAGUUUAUAGAGGACCUUUCUCUUCUGAGUGAAGCCAACCCAUCUUUCAUUAUGUUUGACUGCAGUGGGAAUGAGAAAAAUGUUUUAGAAUGCAUGCCCCAUAUUCCACUUAAAUGCCAAAGGGUGGCAGUAAUUCGAUGCAAAAAAUGAUGGAUGAUAGACCAUCAACACCACCAAUACUUUAUUCAUACAACUGU